AUGAGGCCAACGACCCUCCUCCCCACAGCUCUUCUCCUACUCAUCCACUCCGCCUCCGCCGCCUUCUCCCUCAACGACACCGGUCCCUACUGGUCCUACACCGCGCGGCAACUAUCCCCCACCACGGACCGGAAAUGCUUGACCGCCUACGCGGCCCCGAUCGCCUGCACGGAAACCCUCCUCGGCCUCGUGACCUCCCUGCGCCCGGAUUUCCAACCCACACGGGACGACCUCUCAUCCAUGUGUACGCCGGGCUGUAAGAGCGCGCUGGAAGAUUACGUGCAGAAUGUGGGCUCGGCGUGCGGGGCGAAAGGGGAUCUGGCCACGCAGCGGGCGGUCAAGUCGGGGAAGAACAACACAUACACGGGUCCGCCACCCCCCUCCUUCCUGGCCCCGCAGAUCCUCAACCUGGAAAACAAGAAGAAGAAGAAGAAAAAGAAGAAGCAAAAGAAAAAGCUAACCGCCCCCAGACCCACCGCCUUCUGCCCCCUAACCUCCACCACCCACCCCUCCGCCGCCGCCAACUGCUCCUCCCCCUGCUCCGUCGCCUUCUACACCAACGCGCACGACUUCGCGCCCGCGUCGCGGAAGCAGUUCCAGGACUCGUACCUCACGACGCAGACGGCGUACUGGAUCGAGCGGUUCAACCUGGGCUAUAGAGCCCUGGUGGCCUGCGGGGAAGCGGUCGGGAACGCCGAGCGGACGGGGAGCGCGGGCGCGGGUUUCGCUCCUCGGUCGACGGGGGAUGUGACGGGGGAUGUGACGGGGGGUGGGGUUGCGGCGGUGGCGACGACGACGACGAUGGGUUCGCCUGCUGGGACGAGUGCGGGUUCGGCGGCGGCGGUGACGGUGGCGGAGAGUGGGAGGAGUGGUGGGAGUGUGCUGGAGGUUGACGUGAAGACUGUGAUAGCGCUGGGCGUUCUGGGCUUGGUUGCCGCCGCCGUUUUGUCAUGA